UCUUUUCCCAUCAUACAAUCCAACCAAUUCUCUUCUCUUUCUCCUCCUCCAUUUCAUCAUCAUCACCAUCAUUUUGUUUCAGAGCCGCCAUGGGAACUGCAACUUUCAUUGAUAUUUUGUUAGCAAUUCUGCUGCCACCAUUGGGAGUUUUUCUCAGGUAUGAAUGCCAAAGUGAAUUCUGGAUCUGCUUGGUGCUGACCAUUUUGGGGUACCUCCCUGGUAUAAUAUAUGCACUCUAUGUACUCACCAAGUGACAGGAUGGAUGAGUGAUUAUGUGUAGUUUUGGGAGUUUCAUUGUCUUGGUGUAUGAAUUUAAGAGGAUGAUGGACUUGGGUUGUUUAGGUUAUUGGAUAUUUUUUGAAUCAAUUAGACCUGAUUUGGUUAUCUGAUGAUGUACAAAACUAUUUGACCUUUUUCUUUCAGUAUAAAUAAAGCAUGUAACAUUUUGACAUA